AUGAGUUUUCUCGGUAAGUUAUUCGGUGGAAAAAAGGAGGAAAAAGGGCCCACGACGCAUGAAGCUAUACAAAAGUUACGUGAAACUGAAGAAUUAUUAAUCAAAAAACAAGAGUUCCUUGAAAGAAAGAUUGAGGUAGAAAUACAAACCGCGAGGAAAAACGGCACAAAGAACAAAAGAGCCGCCAUUGCUGCGCUCAAGCGUAAGAAGAGGUACGAGAAGCAAUUGACACAGAUUGACGGUACAUUAACACAGAUUGAAGCACAAAGGGAGGCUUUAGAAGGGGCUACUACCAAUGCACAAGUGCUGAACACAAUGAAGGAUGCAGCCAACGCCAUGAAGCUAGCGCACAAGGAUAUCGAUGUCGACAAGGUGCACGACAUUAUGGACGACAUCGCCGAGCAACACGACAUCUCGCGCGAGAUCACCGACGCGAUUAGCAACAACGUGGCCUUCCCCAACGACAUCGACGAGGAUGAACUGGAACGGGAACUCGAAGAAUUGGAACAGGAAGACCUGGACAAGGAAAUGCUCGGAAUCAAUGUGCCUACGGACAACCUGCCCGAAGUGCCAGCCUCGGAGCUUGUCCACGACAAACCAAAGCCCAGCAAGACCAAACAAGUUGAGGACGACGAGGAGUUGGCUAAACUGCAAUCCUGGGCCACA